AUUCAUACGUGAGGGCUCAGCUAAGAGAGAGAGAAUGGAUUUCUAUACUUUGCUGUUAUGUAUUUCCACUGUGUGGGCAUGUAUCCAUCUCAUCCUCCUAGCCAGAAAGAAAUCUGGCACAGCCAAACUCCCACCAGGCCCCUUUCCUCUUCCAAUUGUUGGAAACCUCUUCCAACUCGGUAGCAAACCCAACGAGUCACUCGCCCAACUCGCCGAGUCACAUGGCCCCCUAAUGACUCUAAGGCUGGGCAGCAUAACAACAGUGGUUGUUUCCUCUGCAAACAUAGCCAAAGAGGUCCUCCAGAAGCACGACCAGGCCUUUGCGGGCCGGAACGUUCCCGACGCUGCUCAGGCGCUCCACCACAGUGAGUCAUCCAUGGUAUGGUUACCAGCCCACCAGCGGUGGCGGAAGCUCCGAACUAUAUGCAACAGUCAUAUAUUCACCACCCAAAGACUCGAUGCCAAUCAAGGCCUCCGAUGCCGCAAGGUGCAGGAACUCAUGGCACACGUCACGGAAAAUUGCUUAAAGAGACAGGCAGUGGAUAUCGGGCGAGCCGCCUUCGUGACUGCCCUCAAUUUGAUGUCGAACACUGUCUUCUCCGUUGAUUUGGUCGAUCUGAACUCCAGUUCUGCACAAGAAUUCAAGGAACUGGUGUCAAAAAUUCUGGAAGAGGUGGGAAGGCCAAAUGUCGCGGACUACUUCCCAUGGCUCAAGGCCAUGGAUCCGCAAGGGAUAAGGCGGCGAUUGACAGUCCAUUUUAAAAGAUUGCAUGCAAUCUUUGAUGGGAUGAUCGAGCAGCGUCUGAUACUGUCCAGGUCUUCUUCUAAGUCUCCAGGAGGAGCUGAUUUCUUGGAUGUGCUUCUCGACUACAGCCAUGACAAUGACUUCCAACUUAGCCGCCGUGACAUCAAUUCAUUGCUUGUGGACAUAUUCACUGCUGGCAGUGACACAAGCUCUUCCACUGUUGAAUGGGCCAUGACUGAAUUGCUCCGCAGCCCGAACACCAUGGCAAAAGUUCGAUCUGAGCUUAUCGAGACCAUAGGCCUGGGUCGACAAGCAGAAGAAUCAGAUAUCAACCGACUCCCAUAUCUACAAGCGGUCGUGAAAGAAACGCUGCGGCUUCAUCCACCAGGUCCGCUCCUCGUCCCUCACAGAGCCGAAUCUAACGUGGAAAUAUGCGGUUUUACCAUACCCAAGCACACACAAGUACUUGUCAAUGCAUGGGCAAUCGGCAGGGAUGCCAAUGUUUGGGUGGACCCCACUACUUUCUCUCCUGCGAGGUUCAUAGGCUCUCAUGUUGAUUUCAAAGGCCGAGAUUUCGAGCUUAUUCCAUUCGGCGCAGGCCGUCGGAUUUGUCCAGGUUUGCCACUAGCCUAUCGUAUGGUCCACUUGAUGCUUGCUUCCCUUCUCCAUUCGUUCGAAUGGAGGCUUCCUGAUGGAAUGGCCCCACAUGAUUUGGACAUGCGCGAUAAGUUCGGCCUCGCUUUGGAGAAACUGGUUCCUCUUCGUGCUAUCCCCGUGCAAGGAUGAUCAACGUAUUAUUUCGAAUUCGCUGGAUGGGGUAUGGCCCACAUGAAGAUACCUUUUGGGUGUUUAGUCCGCGCGCGCCCGAAAAACAGAUAUCAGAGAACUACUCUUCUUAUAUAUAUUUCGCUGCUCUCUUUACGACGAGCUUCUUAAAAUUAAGUCGUUUAAAUAAAGCCUAAAUAAAUAUUUGUGUGUUUAAGGGAUAUGAAAAGAUAUUUUAAAUUACAGUAAUGUAUUUUAGAAAUUCUAUAA